CCGGACUGCCUCGUUCAUGUUGGUUCUAUGUGGAUUAUGUGGCGAGAAGCAUCGAUUUUUCAUGUGGAUUAGGUGGAUAAUCGCUCGCUCUGCCUAAGGAUAUGUGGGCGAAUCAAGCGUGGGCGUCGGGAACUGUCCCCGGCGCGCCUACGGGACAGGACAAGAUUAGUGCAUUGCAACAACAAGCUCAGCAGUAUGCAGCCUUUCAGCAGCAACGUGAGCAGCAAUGGCCACCAUCGGCUCAAUCUACUGUCAAUCCAUGGGUGUGGGGACAGUCUGGGGUGUAUGGAAUGUACAACAUGUACGGGAACCCAGCAGCUGGUGUUCUCCCAAUGAUGUCGGUUCCUCCUCCAACAUACCAGUCCAACAACAUCCCCCAGUACAACGCACCUCCCCCUGAGGUGCCCCCACCACCCCCAGAGGAUCCUCCUCCUCCUCCACCACCAGAUGAGGACAAGGACAAAUUGGGGAAAGAUGGCACAAAGGGAUUAGCAUUAGAGAACAAAGGCGCUCUUAUGUCUGAGAAGAAGGAAGACAGCAAGGCACAGGAGAAGCCAAAUGAGGGGAAGACCCCCGACAAUCAGGCCGCAGACUCAAGGACCAAGCCUGGCGACAAUAAGGAACCGACCCAAGGCCCCCAACAGGAGAGCAUGGAAUCCGAGGCCAAAAGGCAGAGACUUGAGGGACAGGACCCUGCCAACCCACAGGGCUUCAACUCCAUCCAGGGUGAACAAGGAGGCAGCUGGGGGAAUCCCUUCACACCGGCCGGCAAUCAGCACGACGGCGGCCAGGGCAGGGGGAACUGGCACCCUAGGGGAGGAAUGGGACGAGGGGAUAACCGAAUGCCUUGGAAUAACAACCCCGGAGGAAACAACAUGAACCAGCCUUGGGGACCAUACAACCAGGGACCAGACAACAGUGGAAGGAAUCCCCAAGAGCAAGGCAACAGGAAUAUAGCCAAUUAUGGCCAGGAUUCAGCAAGAGGAGGGUUCGGGGAUAACAGAGGAAAUAUUUCUGGAGGUGGCCAUGGACUCCUCAAUCAGCCAAAUGAUAUGCAACAAAUGAAUCCAGGAUUGGAAUUGGAUGAAGAGAAUGAUGAAGACUUGAAAGAGUUCGAUAGACAGUUUGGAAACUGGGAAAGGCAGUUCACACAGUGGCGAGAGCAAAACAAAAAUCAUCCCGAUAAGAAUGCUCUUAACAGGUAUGAGGAGGACUGGAAGAGAUGGCGUCAGGAACUCUUACAAAAACGUGAAGAAAUUAAGAAGAAAAAAUUGGAAAAGUUACAGGAAGACGCUCUACAGGAAAAGGCAAAUAAGAACGUUGAUUCUACCACCAACCAGAGUGUCCAGUCCCCAGCCAAUGUAGGUACCACAACUGCUACCAAAGAACCUUCCAACAGUUGGCAGCAGGAUCAGGAGAGAGGAAAUGCUACGUUUGGCCAGGGGCCAGAGAGAAGAGACCUGAACCAACCAGCCAGCUCCAGAGGCUUCAGUGACGAAAACCAAGGGGGAGUCAAUCAAAACCAAAUGGGUAGAGGACGCGGAGGAUUCAACAGGGGUGGCAUGGGCCCUGAUCACAAUCUUGGCGGCUACAACCAACAGGGCCGAGGCAGAGAUGACCAGGGACACGAGAACUCUGCCUGGGGCGGAAUGGGACAGUUCGACCAGAAUCAAGGCUUUGAUCCCUCCAACCAAGGGGGAUUCGACCAGUUCAAUCAGGGUAGAGGAGGGUUCUCCAAUUUCCGAGGAAGAGGAGGGUUCAACCAGCCAAAUAGUGGAAGAGGUAGAUUCAAUCAGUCCGACCAGAAUGAGGGGCUCCAGCAGAACAACGUCAGCCAAGACAAUCAGCCAUUAGGUGGAUUGAAUCAAGACAGACAGAAUCAAGGUAGUUCUGGAAUGAGAGGCUUUGGACGAGGAGGAUUUGACCGCGGACGAGGGGGAUUCAGCCAAAGAGGGAGAGGUCAAGGAAUGUUCAGUAACCAGGGCCUUGGGCCAGAACCAACCCAGCAAGAAGAGUCUACCAUGUGGAACAAAGAUCAAGAUGACAGGAUUCAAGGAGGUUUUAACCAGGACCUACACAACAGAGGAGGAUUCAAUGCCAACAAUCGAGGACAGAGUAAUUUUGACCAGGAUGAUCGAGAUAUGAGGAGCUACGAAGAAAAUGAAAGGAUUCAGAAGGACAGUGGCAGAGGCCGUGGCAGUUUUGAUAUGAGAGGUAGAGGUCGUGGAAACUUUGACCAAGGUGGCAGAGGCUUUGAGCGUGGUGGUAGAGGUUGGGGAGACUUAGACCAAACAGGGAGAAGUCCUGGUAAUUUUAACCAAAGUGAUAGAGGUUUUGGAGACUAUGAAAACAACAACAAAGGUCGAGGAGGUUUUAACCAAAGUGGCAGAGGCCGAGGAGAAAUUUGUAAAUUUGUAUGGCAAGGAAACAAUAACCCACCAUGGGGGCCAGGAGGGAGAGGUGGCUAUAGUGGACCUGGUAACAGAGGCCGUGGCAAUGGCCGCUGGGAUGGUGGCGACGAAGGUGGCCAGGGAAGGAAUUCCAACAUGGGGCCAAAUAGGGGACAAGACCCUGCAUGGUGGAACUCUGGGUCAAGGGAGAGCCUACUCGAACAGAACAGUGGGUCGCAGCUGAGCGGGAAAGAUGACCAGCGCAAAGGGGACAAGGGCAGCUUUGGCUUCGGCAUGAACGAGCCCGGCACCAUCCCAGGGCUGGACCUCCCAGACACCCAGGCUCCCACGGAGAAUAAGAAUAUGACACCAAACCAGAAGAAUCCAGUGUCGGCCAAGACAGUGUUCCAUGACCAGGAGGACGAGAAGAUUGAUGUUAAACUUGGUGCUGAACGCCUCCACAUUGGACCAAUUGGCGUACCACACAGCAAGGAAAAGUUUACACUGCCGGAAGAUUGGUACGAUGACGAGGAAGAAAACGAACACAAGGACACAGAGAAUAAAGAAGAGACAAGUAGAACGGAGGAGCCCAUCCAUUCGGAAAGCAAGAAAGACGAGCCAUUUGAACAAGGCUUUAAAGGUCAACAAAAUGCAGGCUUUGGAAUGCCUGACAGAGACAUGCAGCAAGGGCCGUGGCAAGGGGACAGGAGAGACAGACCGAUGUAUGGCCAAGACUUUGAAGGCCAACAGAAACCAGGUUUUGGAAUGCCAGACAGGGACAUGCAGUCACCAUGGCAAGGGGAUAAUCGAGACCGGCCGCCGUUUAGACAGGGCCCAAUGGAUCCUCAGCGUCCCAACAGGCCAGAGUCUAAUCCACGGGCACCAGACACCAUGAUGCACGAACGCUGGGGCAAUCGAGAGGAUGACCCCAGACAAGAGCGCUUCCCGAGGGAUGGGGGUCCAAAGGGCCGCUGGGGAGAAGGCUAUGACAGGCACUGGGAUGACCGCUAUCCAGGAAGAGGGGGUCCCGAUGACCGAUACAGAGAUGAUCCUUACUACAAUAGGUGGGAUAAUUAUGGUGAUCGAAGAGGCCAGGAACCCUAUUGGAGGGACGAACGCGACCCUUACUACGAGGACCGCUAUGGGAGAGGAUCAAAAGACUAUUAUGACUGGCCACCUCAUGACAGGGAUUACUACGACCGAGACAGAGAGCGCUUUUAUCCAGAGGGCAGGGGUCCGAGAGGGUCCUUCGAGAGGAACGAACCGGGCUUUGGCACAGAACCCCGGAAUUUCCAUGAGAGAGAUAGAAGAAAUAGCUUUGAGCGAGAGGGGAGGGAAUUUUAUGACAGAGACAGAAGGGAUCCGUAUUAUCGAGGGGAUCGAGACGACUUCGGGAGAGAUUCUCGGGACUGGAGUGCACAGGCUGUAGAAAACCGAACAGUUGUGGACUAUGGACACAGUGGACCUGGCUCAGGAGGGAUGAAAAUGCCACCAAAUGAGGGAUCACCUUUUGGAAUGGGAGCUGAUAUGCCAAAACAGGGACAGGCUAACAUACCAGAGCAUGUAAGAAGAGACCCUAGCUUCAGAAUGGGAAGUGACGACAGAAGAGACAACCGGAGACUUGAGAACUCCCCAAGACCACCUCACUUAGAUCGCAGCCAUAGUAGAUCUCCAUCUAAAAGUAGCAGCAGUAAGCAGAUGAAGCCCUCAGAAAGUGGGCACACACCACCACUGAAUCAGCCAUCCAAGGAGCAAGAUGAAGUGGGGGACGUGGUCACUAUUGAGGAUCUGGUUUCGGUCCCUGGGAGGUUCAUGAGGCCUCCCAAGAUGGUGAUCAUUUUAAGAGGACCUCCGGGCUCAGGCAAGACAACAUUAGCCAAGAUGAUAAAGGAUAGAGAGGUUGAGAAUGGUGGUAACCCACCAAGGAUUCUCUGCCUUGACGACUAUUUCAUGGUGGAAACGGAGAAAAUGACCACUGAUCCAGAUACUGGGAGAAAAGUGAAGACGAAGAUUAUGGAGUAUGAGUUUGAACCAGAGUUGGAGGAAAGCUAUCGAAUGUCACUAAUUAAAUCCUUCAAGCGGCAAGUUGACGAUGGCUUCUUCCCUUUCAUCAUUGUGGAUUGCGUUCACAACAAAGUGAAACACUUUGCUGAAAUGGCCACCCAUGCCAAGAAAUGUAAUUUUGAGGUAUAUAUUGGUGAACUAGAGGUAGAUCAGAGUAUCUGCCACAGAAGAAACACUCACAACCACUCCAGAGAACACAUCCAGAGCAUUAUUCGCCAGUGGGAGAAGACGCCGGCAUCGUAUACAAGAGUAGAUCUGACUCCUUUCAUUCAAGAUGCUGCAAUUGAAGAGGUGGAAAUGGAAGAUUCCAUGGAACCAGCAGCUACAGAUAAAGAGAAUAAAGAAGAUGUAGAAGAUGAAGAUGAGGACAAGGAAGCCUUCAAAAAGGUUUAUAAUGAUUUUAUUCGGAGCAAAUGGGAUACCAUGGAAACCCAAGAAGAGAAACUCGACAAGCUUGAUGGUGUGAGGUCUGCCAAGAAGCGCAUGGGGACAGGACAACCCAAGUCUAUCGAAGAUUGGCUCCAACUCUCCGAAGACUAUGAUUCAAAGGUAGCACAACCUGGAAAGAAACGGGUACGCUGGGCAGACGUAGAGGAGAGGAAGAAGCAAACACAAGCUCGGGAGCGCGGCUUUGUCCUCGGCCAGACAGACUGGAGCCGAAUGACUGACUUGUCCUUCGGCAACAAUGCUCUUGUUCAGAUUCGUUACAUUGAAGGACGUGAGAACAAGUGAGCACUUACACGUGUCUCACUCUGCCUUCAUGUGCAACAUUUGCAAAGAUAUUUCAUUUUGAGUUUCCAGGACACCGGAGCAUUUCUGAAAGUUUUUUUUAUUGAAUGAUUUCUGUAACCUUGUUUUAGAGGAGUAAUGUCUCAUCAGUGUGAUAAUUUUCCCAUCUAUAUGCUUUUUUUUUUUUUUUUUUUUUUUUCACAUUUUUCUUUUAGUUUGUUAAUAUUAGUAUGUGAAUUAGUCUAUUUUUUAUUAAUUUGAACGGUAUAUCAUAAAGUUCGUAUUAAACAGGUUGUACAAGUAUAUCCUGUACUGAUGGAAUAAACAUCAGUUAGUGUUAGCUGAAAGCACAUUAAAAGUAAUCACUAUGAAUCAGAAAGGACAGUACAUUGCUGUGGAAAUAGAUUCAGGUAAAAAUCUGACGUUCAUCUUUCCUAUGGUGCUCCAGGAUGUUGGUCUUGUAAUUGGAAACUCCUUGAUUUUCCCGGUUUCUUUCUUAUUGACAAGUUAAUCUGAAAAGUAAGUAAGAAGCAAGUAUAAAAGGUGAUUUUUCUCUUCAUCCUCUCCAGAGCAUUUGUGUAAAUUAUAUUUUUCAUACAGAAUUAUAUGAAGCUUUUCGUCAUUGGAACAAUGAUGUGACUUCUGUUAUUUUAUUUAUUGAUUACAUGAAUAAAAAAAAUAAAAAAAUUCCAGCUGGGUUUCCCGAUUUAUGGAGGUUGAUAGUAAGGCAGUGCAUCUAAUUUUUAAUUCAUGAACCCCAUUUUUCUUUUCUUUUCUUUUUUUUUUUGUUAUUCUUUUAUUUUAUUAUUUUUUUUAGUGUGAUUUCUCCCCCUCCCCCCCUUUUUUUCCAAGUUGCUGAAACUAGAUUGCUGCAAUUAUGUCAUGUUUUAAAACAUUACAACGUGCUCAUUUUAGUUUUUAUUUAAAUUACCUGCUGAUACAAUUAUAAUGGGAACUCAGGUUUCCACGGGAUAUUUUUUAUUGAUAUUUUUUUACAUUUACAUUGUCUGUGUCAUGUUCAUUUUAUUAUAAAGUAGAUUAUCAAUGUUUAUCAAGUAGGCUGACAGACUAUUGUAAUCUUAGUGACUGAAAGUCUCCUGUAAAAAAUGCAUGAAGUUGCUGACAAAAAAAAAAAGAAGAAAAAAAUAUGAUAGAAAAAAAAAACAGACAAGAUUUUUUUUUAAAUAUUAAUUACAUGUUUGGUGGGAAAAGUAUCUGUGUUAUCCAUAAUCUCUCAGCAUGUGGAGA